AUGGUCAGCGACAGCUCCCAAAACUGCGGGUGCAAGCUUCACAAAAAACAACCCAUUUACAACACCUCUGAUUACAUUUCCGAAUGCAUCUACACCAAGCAAUGGCUUCCCCCACCGCCGAGUGCGCCGGACACGGGCAAGCCUGGGCGCGACAGCCGCAAGGACGACGCCAAGCUCAUCUUUGGAACCGUCUUCUCGCUGCGCAACAUGGUGCGUAAGCUCGGCGGGGACGACGACGCCUUCAUCGCGUACCGGACCGCCCAAUACAAGCUGCACUUUUACGAGACGCCGACGAACCUGCGCUUUGUGCUGCUCACCGACACGGCCAGCAUGAGCAUGCGGAACGUGCUGCACCAGAUUUAUAUCAACCUCUGGGUCGAAUAUGUUGUCAAAAAUCCCCUGGCGCCGGUCGAGCACAAGGGUGGAGAGGGUGUCAAGAAUGAGCUUUUUGAGCUAGGGCUGGAUCAGUUCAUCAGAGGGUUGAUGUGAAGCCGACCAAACACACUUAUAUGCUGCUAUCUGGAGUAGGAUAUAGGGCCUAGAAUAGUUAUUCGAUCAUCCAAAUCUG